GUUAAUACUAAGUGCAAUGCAAAUUCGAUAGCAGAAAAUUCUCGGGUAAGUUUCUGAAGUGUCAUGCUAGAAUUUCGUCAUUCUGUAUGGAUUGACAGAAAUCAAGAGCAGACAGAGAGCUGAAGAAAAUCCCAGUUGAUUAACAGAGGAAUGGAUUCCCCAGGAGCAGGAGGACGUGGAGGGGCCAAUGCUGGAGUGCCAGGCAGUGGGCGAAGACGCAGAAAGAAACCUCGUGAGAGAGGAAACAGUGAAGGGGGUGGUGGUGGUCGUAAACCUCCACCAAUGAUCUUAUCAAAGGUAGCAGGACUUGACAAUAAGGACAUUGACAAAGCUAGUGGUUCUGAACGCUCUAGUCGACCUUCUCGAGCUGCAUCCCCAGGACCUCAGAUUAAAAUCAAAGUAAGGGAUAGAGAGGACACGCCCACCCAUAGCCAGCCCCUUCCAUCCACCGGUUCACCAUCCCACACCCCUGUUACACCAAAGCCUGUACCGGUAGCCAAGGUGAAGCAGGGGAGUGAGGUGGAUUCAAGGGGGCGGAGUAGCACCCCUACUGGGAGGCUUUAUUCACCAAGCCAGAGAGUGACAGGAGGUCAGAUGCCUGGUAUUUCUAUAGAGGUUCCUAUUCAUAAGAGGUUAGCAUCACCCACUAUGAUGUCACAGCCCAUCAAGCUGAUUGAUAAUGCAUUCCAAUGGGUUGAUGUGGGAUCUGAGUACCUUCUUGAGCAGACUGAUUUCCUAGUGAUUGGUGUCCUAGGUGUUCAGGGUUGUGGCAAGUCAACUCUAAUGUCUCUUCUAGCUGGUAAUAAACAUACAGAUCCUCACAGCUCCUUCAUCUUCAAGCCCCAGACCUCAUCCAAUGGAGAGCAAGCAUUACAUCAGACUACCGGUAUGGAGAUGUACAUCACUGAAGAACGUAUCAUUCUCUUAGACACUCAACCAAUCCUUAGCUCUUCAAUCCUUGAUCGUCUUCUUGGACCUGAUAAACAAACCAUCCCUCCUGAAUAUUCAUCAGCUGAAAAUUAUGCAGAGAUGCAGUCCCUGUAUAUUGCAGCAUUUCUUCUGACUGUAUGCCAUGUUGUGAUGGUGGUGGAAGAUUGGUUUAGUGAUAUUAACAUCAUAGAAUUUAUCAAACGAGCUGAGAUGCUCAAACCAGCGACCCCGCCCCCACCAAGCAACCAAUCAGAGAGCAGUAAUCUGGAUGACCCAGAGGACUUCGUCCCAAAUAUAGUAUUUGUGCAGAAUAAAGCGAGUCGUGAGUGUUUUCAACCCAUUACUGUCAAUGCUAUGCAACAGGCUAUUCACUCUCUCAUGAUGACAUCUAAACUCAAAUAUACAGGUUGUUCAUCCCUUGCGAGGAGUUCAGUCAUGCCUUGCCUUAGCUCCAAGACUCUCCCUUUAGAUCUCAAUCUAUUCUUGCUUCCAAGAUUGGACUCGAAUAGAAACAGAGAUGAAAAGGAAUCCAAGACCUCUGUUGUGGACUUUGUGGCUGACUCUGGCUACGUAGGUCACCCAAAACCUGAGAGGUUAGUAAGAGCUUUCAGGAAUCAGAUGUAUGCUGCUAGCAGACCUCUACUAACGCAUUCAUCACUCAAUGAAAAGAACUGGUACCAAUAUGCAAGCAGAACAUGGGAGAAUAUCAAGAAAUCCAGUCUGAUGUCAGAAUACCAUCGACUUCUAACCUGAGGUCAACCUUCUUCUUGACCUUUGACAGGUGAUGUCAUCAUUAGCCAAUCAAAUGAGAGAGUUAAGAAGUCAUUAGAUUGGCUUCAGCUACCUUGGAUGAAUUGAGUCUGUCUGUUGAAGUUAAGACAGUGAACUGGUUAUAUCAGAUAGUCUCACAUAUGAGAUGAGCUUCUAACAUGAGGUACUCUAACUAUACUGGAAGCGGGUCAUAUAAUGAUUAGCCUUGGAGAAGAAAGACAGUAGUAGUAUAUAGAUUGGUUGCUGGUACUGAUGUUAUGAGGAUGCUUCUAAUUGAAACCUUUUGUUAGAGUUCAGACAGUAUUCUUGUUAUGUCAGAUAGUUUCAUUUGUAAGAUCAUUUUCUAAAUCAAGGGAAUUUUUUACUUUUCCAGAAGUGGUUGAUGAAAUGAUAAAGCCUUGGAAAAGAGAUAGACCAGUUGUCUGUAGGUUGGGCAUAGAUAACUCUGGAUGAAGAUACAAGGGCCUGUAUUCUGAAGUCACAGUCUAACUCUGUGCUAAAAUUAUGGGGAGCCAAAUAUUCAAAAAUUCUGUUUAUAUUGU